AUGGCCCUUGUGGGGCUGCGUAGAGCCACCAAAGGGAAAUGGGGAUGGGGACAACUGUGCCAAGAAGCGCCCAAGGCUCUGGUCACCUCGGAGCAGAUCGAGCACUUACACCGGCGAUUCAAGCAGCUGAGCCGGGACCAGCUGACCAUCCGCAAGGAGAAUUUUGACAGCAUCCCCGAUCUGGAGUUCAACCCAAUUAGGGGCAAAAUCGUCCAUGCCUUUUUCGACAAGCGGAACCUGCGGCAGGCGUCGGAUGGGCUGGCGGAUGAGAUAAACUUCGAAGACUUCCUGACCAUCAUGUCCUACUUCAGACCCAUCGAGAUGAACAUGGAUGAGGAGCAGCUCGAUCGCUUCCGGAAAGAGAAACUCAAAUUCCUCUUCCACAUGUACGACUCAGACCAUGACGGGAAGAUUACGCUGCAGGAGUAUAGAAAUGUGGUGGAGGAGCUGCUGUCGGGGAACCCCCACCUGGAGAAGGAGUCAGCACGGUCCAUCGCCGAUGGGGCCAUGAUGGAGGCAGCCAGCAUCUGUGUGGGACAAAUGGGGCCGGACCAGGUGUAUGAGGGCAUCACCUUCGAAGACUUCCUUAAGAUGUGGCAGGGCCGCGAAACCAAGAUGCACGUCCGCUUCCUCAACAUGGAGACCAUCGCGCACUGCUACUGA